AUGUCUCAUGUCAGUCUUUCAUCCAUUCAAGCUCACACCAACAACAGCUUUCAGCAGAUUUCCCUUGUACGCGACUCUCUGAUGAGUCAAGACAAUUCUGGUACUAGCUCAGAGCCUAAUGAAUGCAGAGGUGGUGCAGCCACAAGCAACAGCACCGACCCGAAAGCAGCCGAAGCUGCACUUACAGCGGCUCUUCAUGAUGCUGUCAGGAGCGGUGACAUUGCUGCCGCGAAGGAUCUCAUCAUCCACAAGGGUGCCAAGGAAGACUCCCUUGACAGCCAAGGUCGGACGCCGAUGAUAAUUGCUGCCCUCAACAGAGAUGUGGCCAUGGUCAAGAUGCUUGGCCACGGCCAUGACGCGUUCGCCUACCUUGCGGACAACUCAGGCACCACCCCGUUGAUGAUAGCAGCCAAGAAUAACGACAUAGAGAUGGCCAAGGCAUUUUGGCCUUUGGGCGGACGAAAGGGGCUACAAGACAACAACGGAUGGACCGCCAUGCACUUCGCGGCAGAGCAAGGAUCUGCAGAAAUGCUCAGAGCACUGUCCAUGUCUCCUACCAAAUAUGCGCUCCGCAACUGCGAUGGCUCAACGCCUUUGGAUCUAGCAGCGAGUGGUGGACAUGUUGAAGCUGUCGCGUUGAUUCUUGAGAUAUGCAAGAAGAAGCUGAAGAAGAAAGAUUUCAGUCUUCAAAAUACAAACUUGGCCGGACGCACGCCCCUCCAUUCUGCAGUUGUUGCGGGCUCUGUAGAAGCCGUGGAAUUUCUGUAUGAAGCGGAACCCCUUGCUUUGAAUAUUCCCGACAAGAAUGGAGAUACCCCCUUGAAUUCAGCAGCGUCUAGGGGAGACUUGAAAUUGACUGAGCUUCUGCUUUCAUAUGGGGGAGACAGAGACUUGCCCGAUAACAAGGGAGAGACUCCGUUGACUAAGGCGUCUCGUGGAGGAUUUGAUGAUGUCGCAAAUUUAGUUGGUCGGUAUCAACAGACCAAGGCGAAUAAUCCUCCGUACACAUCCAGGUCAAAGUCGGGCAAUAUUCUCGGUAGAAUUUUUAGAAGAAGUUAG